GUGUUAAAAGAACUCAAAUAUUACCUAAAGACAUCCCAAUAUCUCGUCCAACUCUGCUAGGCUGUCCGGUAGAAUGGCUGCCAAUCGAGAGGCUUUAGAAAACUGUGCCAGAAUGACUUCAACUUCUUUCAACGUUGGUUUGGCUGACAACACGAGGCUGUCCAGCCGUGUGCUGCGGCCCCCUGGCGGUGGUCACACCGAUAUCUUCGGAGGAGAGCCCGAACCCCAGCAGACACACCGCCGUGGACCACCUGCUUCUACCAUCGGUUUCGUAGUUGGCCAGGAAGAGCCAAAACCAACUAACGGCACAGACGCAUCCAGCCAGAACGGCCAGAAGAGCCCUCAGGAGGCGGCACCGGCCCCAGUGGCUGAUGCCCCUGAGCCCAAGGCCGCUAGCCCCGUGGCCGCGGCGCCAGAGCCAGCCAAGGUUGAGCCCCCCAAGCGUGUCCGCGUACCGCCCGGCGGGUUCUCUUCAGGUCUCUGGUAAAGCAGCCCUAUACCCGCUUAGUUUUGUCGCGCUGAAGAUUCCCGGUGGGACCAGAUUCAUACGUUUACAUUGGCCACUCAUUAAUUCACUUCUCUAACUGAACAAAAUAUGUGUUCCUACACUUAUUGUAAAUUCAUUGAUGUCACGGUUUAACUAACGUAAUCGUAUGUACCCGACUAGUUCAAACGAUCUGAGAGUUCUUACUACAUCGCGUCCGCGCUCCGCAUCUGCUCACGAAUAAGAGCACUAUACGAGAUCGACACCUAGUCGGGUACAUCGAAAUUAAGUUUAGUUAAUACUUUUACGUAAAUACACGCGAAAAAAUUAAAGUCAUUGGUUAGGUGGAAAUUGUGAAUGUAUAUAAGUCAAGCUAAACUUUAACCAAAUUGGGCCAAAAAACCAAUUGACCGCGCAACGGUCCGAUGUAAACGCUUCGUUAGGUUUAUUUAGGGUAUGCUGUGCCUUUGUGUUUUCAAGUUGCGUUGGUUGUAGAUAGUUUCGUUGAAACAAGUUCGCUGCCUGGUCCCCUGUCCGGGUCUCUGAAUGUUUGCUUGAUAAGAUAACGAUGGUUCUUUUACAAUCCUCGCAAAAAGGAAUUCUUUAAUAUUUACUGAGCAGGAAUUUUUUCAAUACUAGUAUUAUUUACCUAUAUAGUUAGGAAAUUAUUUUUCGUAUAUUUUAGUCUUAACAUUGUACCCAGCUUCUGUGUCAAAACAAAGCGUUUUGCCAAACUCUCUCUAUUAUGAAUCUAUAGGUCACAAUUUGGUUUAGAUGUCCUACAAGGCCAAAGUAAUUUUACACUGAACUAUUUAAAUUUUUAUGCAAAUUUCGACUCUACGUGUAGCGUUUUUAUUACUAUUAUCUUGUAAGGCUUAAAAUUGAUAAUGUAUCGAUUGUAUGUUAGCGUUUCGAUAAUUUUGAUACUUUUUAUAAACAGACUGAUCUGUGCCUAUUUCGUGUUGAUGUUGUACUUGAAAUUUGUCUCAAUUUAGCAUUUCAUGUGUUGCAGUUGUGGUUUUUAUUACAAAAUAACUAUUGUAUGCCUUCGCUGGCAAAUGCGAUUAUGUAUAAUAUUGAUUGAUAAUGAUAAUUGUAUUUUUAUAUGAAUUACAAAAUGUGAAAAACAUA